AUGUCUUUUGCAAGAACGGAAAUCAUAAGUGACAGGCUUUCAGAAUUCAGCCAGUACAAGUAUGAUUAUGAAUGGCUCACAGGAAAAGGAUGCAUAACGCAUGGAUAUUCAUGUCCCUGCUCAGACACAAUAACACAGAGGCUUCAAACGGCACACGUCAUUUUGGAGAAGGAUGAUGUCGAAAAUUUUGUUAAUUAUCAUUUCGAUACUACUGACAGCUUUAAACGAAAGCUAAUUUCAGCUACGUUCGCGGUCUUUGUUAAAAGCGAGGAUAAAUAUACCCAUUUUGAAUAUUCCCCCGGUGGAUCUAUUGAAGUCACGCUAGUCCAAGUCAUUGGAUAUAGGUCUCCAACCGGUCUCUUGGAGGUAAUCAUGGGAGUGAUUAGAUAUAAAAGACAAACGUGUCAUGAUCAUCACUAUGUGGAAAGCUACUUUAAUUCGGAUGCGAGUCGUGCUGAGAAGGCGCUCCAGUACUUAUUUUAUAAAGAUGUGAAUCCAAAGAUUAAACGGAUUGAACUAUAA